GAUAGCAAGUAGCAAGCAACGGACCGCGCACAGCCGCAUCGCAACCGAUCCGAAGACGCACUGAACGAGGCGCGGCGCUAGGGAGCCGUGCCGGGCGCGGAGUGGGGAUUUGGGUUUUGGUGGGGGGAGGGAGGAGGAUGGUCGUCGCGUCGGCGGUGUCGCGAACUACGCCGGGAGGCGGGAGGGAUCAACUCGUGUCACCAUGUGUGUCAGCUUUUUAGUCGUUUGGGGGAGUGAGAGUGCUCGCUUGACGGUUUUCUGAACAAUCAUCAAAGUGGGUUUUGUUAUCUACCUUCCGUCGCUUUGAUCUUCAAAUAGCGUGAAGGCUAUAUACAGACAUGCCAAUAUAAACUAUACUUUAGCGCAUAUCGCAAAUAUUUCGUUUCUUAUUUCAAAAAUGAAAGAUUGGGAUGUAACUUCUGAGCUGUACAAGGAAUUGAACAUCUUUAACUUAAAUCAGCUUCUUGAGCUAGAACAAUGUAAAUUUAUUCAUACAGUGAUUACUAAAGCCCAAAAAGGCAAUACUGAGAUUCAAUUUACAAAUGAUACACACAAAUAUAAUACUAGAACACAUAUAUAUAUCUACAUGUAUAAUGUUAGUACCAUAGGUUUGAAUAAUCCCAAAUCGCAAGCAUCAAAUGCAUACAAUAAAUUGCCAAAUAGCAUAAAAAGCAUUAACAAUAGCUUUAUCUGUUUUGCAAAGAAAUUAAAAGAUCAUAUUCGCAGCAAAUAACACAUUGUAUUUGUAGUUAAAUAUUGUUGAAUAUUGUAAUUAGUGGUAAGUACAUUUGGAAUGUUGAUAUUCUC